GCUGUCUGAAUAUGGCAUCACGCCCUAUAGUGUCAACGUACCCUGUCUGACCUCGGCAUCGAGUGGCUGCGUUGAAAACUACAUAUAAUUCUGCACCUCGCUCUGAUUUCCAAGGACUGUUUUCAAUUCUGCGGGGAGUUUUGAAAUCCGCGGGAAACUUCGGUUUUGUGGAAUCGCGAAUUCCCGCGGGGACUAUCAUUAGUACAGUCUUCGACACAGUUUAACUACAGGCACAGAGAGGAGGUAUGUUAUUAGGGAGACAAAUGCCCUCUUGCAGCAGAUGAUUUGAAUAGUUUGCACCACGGAGCACCACAUAUUCUGAGCAAAAUGUCAGUGAGGCAUGCUACACCCACCCUAAGUUUGUCUCAGGCAGAAGAGCUUGUGAAGAAACACUACAAGCUGACUCCCUCUGAACUCCGCCAUCUGCCCAGUUUUGAGGACCAGAACAUUUAUAUUGCGGCGGUCGAAGGUGGCGAGUACGUGCUGAAGAUUAUCAACUCAGAGAACAGUAAGGACCCCAUCUUGUUUGAAGUACAGACUUAUGUUAUGAACUUCCUGCAUGACAAUGGAUUUCCGAGCCCAAGAAUCCUCAAAUCAACCACAGGACAGGCCAUGAUCCUGAAAGACAUUGAUUGUGGCUCUGGCUUACAGAAAUACCUGAUGCGCCUGUUGACUUAUUUGCCUGGAAUCCCUAUUUCCAAGGCUCCUCUCUCACCACGUCUACUUUAUGAAGUAGGCCAGACUGCAGCCAGAAUGGACAACAUCCUCAGAGAGGUGGAACAUCCUCAACUUAACAAGUUGCAAAGGGAUAGUUUCACGUGGAGUCUGUCAAAUGUUCCCAUUCUGGAGAAAUACAUUCAUGUACUAGAUGGAGACCCUCUUCAGGAGGUUGUUAGGUCCGUCCUCCAUCAGUACAAAACCACUGUUUCCCGCAAAUACCCAAGGUUCCGCAAGUCCCUCAUUCACGGGGACUUAAACGAUCUCAAUGUGCUGGUGCAAGCUGAUGAGAGCAGAGGCUACAGGGUUUCUGGUAUCAUUGAUUUUGGAGAUAUGAGCUUUGGUUGCUCUGUCUAUGAUCUAGCUGUCAGCAUCAUGUAUAUGAUGCAUUUGUACCCCAACCCCAUUGAGGUGGGUGGACUUGUUCUAGCAGGCUGGGAAAGUGUCCUUCCUCUCAAUGAGGCAGAGCGAGACUGCCUCUUUUGGUUAGUCCUGUGUCGCUUCUGUCAGCAACUAGUGUUGUGUUUGUUCCUAUCACCAUGCUACCCUGAAAAUCAGGACUAUAUUAUGCGUUUAUCCAAGAGAGGCCCUUUGAUUUUACACAAAUUUUACGAAAUAGGGAAGGAGCAGGUGGAGAAGAUGUGGUUCCAUACUGCUGCUCAAUUUAAUGACAGAAAUUAAGAAGGAAAUAACAUAAAUGAAGGCAGCCAUGGUAUACUACUAUCAUCAGUGGUAUUUUUAGGGGAUGCUUGAGAAAAUUAUGGCAUAUAAAAUUGUCCUGCAAUAACAAGUGUGAAUGCAAGCAAGCUAUUUUUGUAACAUUGAGUGUAUCCUAAUUCACAAGCUGGGUCCUCUAAAGGCCACAUUUUCGACCGCACAACAUCACCUCUGGCGCAACCCGACCACACGUGGUGUCCAGAUUUACAUUAAGCCUGUCAAAAUUUGCCAGAGUUGAUGUGGUCCACAGAGGCGAUAUGAGGAGGCUUCAAAGGUGUCGAAGGACCCAGCCUGUGAAUUGUUUUCCAGAAUUUGUCCGAAGACAGCUGGGAUAGGCUCCCGCAUGCCCGCGAGCCAUGUGAGGAUAAGCGGAUCAGAUAAUGGAUGGAUGAAACAGAUAUUUACGACAGUGUACAAGGCUCCAAAUGAGCGGUUUCACAUUGCAGUUUGUUGUU